AUGUAUGGUCGCUAUCAACGCGAUCUAAGUGAAGCGGCAAGAGAAGAAGCAAGACGACUGAGGAGAUUACGAAAGAAACGAAGAAAAGAUGACAAAAUGCGACAGAAGGAGUUGGAGGCCACGGGGAAGCUUAGGCCCAGUGGGAAGGUGGUUAAUUUUAUAAGUUAUUUAUGGAGGCAUUCGUUCGCUAAGCUGGGAGAGGACUGGUUCUUUUUAGCGGCCUUGGGUAUCAUCAUGGGUUGUUUGAACUUCGCAAUUGACCAGGGCAUUGCCGUGUGUAAUAAUGCUCGUACAUGGAUGUACAACGAUGUAGCAACCUCAAUAGCCGGAAAAUACUUCGCCUGGGUCUCGCUUCCGGUCUGUUUGAUACUCUUUGCAGCUGGUUUCGUGCAUAUAGUUGCAGCCCAGAGUAUAGGAUCUGGUAUUCCUGAAAUGAAGACAAUACUCCGAGGAGUGCAUUUGAAGGAGUAUCUCACAUUCAGAGCACUGAUCUCCAAGUGUGUCGGUCUGACUGCUACUCUGGGAAGUGGAUUGCCGUUGGGAAAAGAGGGUCCCUCCGUCCACAUAGCUUCAAUGGUCGCAUCCCUUCUAUCUAAAAUGGUGACAAAAAUCCAGGGAGUUUAUGAGAACGAAUCUCGUACAACUGAUAUGCUAGCCGCCGCCUGCGCAGUCGGUGUAGCUUCGUGCUUCGCUGCGCCCGUUGGAGGUGUGCUCUUCUCAAUUGAAGUAACAACGACUUAUUUCGCGGUACGAAAUUAUUGGCGAGGUUUUUUUGCCGCUUGCUGUAGUGCUAUUAUGUUCCGUCUGCUAUCCGUAUGGUCAGGCGCAACUGCCACAGUGAAGCCUCUGUUUCCAACAAGCCUGCCUCAAGACUUCCCCUUUGACCCUCAGGAAUUUGCCGUAUUCGUUCUUUUGGGGAUAGUCUGUGGCCUUAUGUCGGCACUGUGGGUGUGGCUGCAUAGACAAUAUGUACUCUUUAUUCGUAACACAAAAUAUCUGAGUUCCUUCUUACAGAAAAACCGUUUCAUCUACCCUGGCUUCAUGACAUUAGCAGUAAUGUCCAUACUGUUCCCGCCAGGUAUAGGAAAAUAUAUGGCCGGAGGACUUGGGACUCCACCACAGGUGUCAGCACUAUUCGCGAACUUUACGUGGUCUGACGAGCUGACAGCAGAACAGGCGGCGAUCGUCUCCAACUGGCAAACACCUGAAGUAGACCACUUCGGUUGUCUCAUCAUUUAUUUCUUUUCUAUUUAUUUCCUGAGUAUGGUGUCAUGUACCUUGCCAGUGCCGGCAGGUAUUUUCGUACCAGCAUUCAAAAUGGGAGCGUCUCUUGGCCGCUUUACAGGGGAGGUGAUGCACUACUUCUGUCCUCUGGGUGUCGCUUAUGGUGGUAGAAUACAGAAGAUAUUGCCUGGUGGUUACGCGACGGUAGGCGCUGCGGCUUUUACAGGUGCAGUUACACAUACUGUAUCUACAAUCGUGAUUAUUAUUGAGAUGACCGGACAGAUAACGCAUCUCCUACCAAUAAUGGCGGCAGUCUUAUCAGCUAACGCGGUGGCUGCGAUGUUACAGCCAUCUUGCUUCGACAGUAUUAUAUUGAUCAAGAAAUUGCCCUACUUGCCCGAUCUGCUCUCAUCUGCCAGCCGUAUGUACGACAUUUGUGUAGAGGACUUCAUGGUUCGUGACGUGGUUUACAUCUGGAAUAGGAUGACCUUCCAGCAACUAAAGGAUGUUCUUAAGACUAAUAAGACAAUUAAGAGUUUCCCUCUGGUAGACAGUCCAUCAUCCAUGGUACUCCUCGGCUCUAUACAUCGCUGGGAGUUGGUCAAAGUGAUUGAGCAGCAAGUAGGUAGGUCUAGGAGACUGCAGAUAGCCGCCCAAUGGCUAAAAGAAGCCGAAAGGAGAAGGGAAGAGGAGAAGAAAAAAGUUAGACGACCUUCACGAUUUGAGGUUACACCAGCGCCUGAUAUGCUCCAAGUUCCUGGCUCUGGAAUGACCAGAGGCACCUCCCUUACAUCGCAAGACCAAAGCGGUCUUAUACCUGCUCCAGGCCAGCUCUUCCGACCGAAGUCCAUAUUGAAGAAGACAAAUUCGUUUACUCUUACGCGAGGUCUAGCACCUCCCACGCCCCAAUCUACGUUGCCACACCCCUCUGUAUACACUACUGUGACUGGCGCUGAGACCAGAAUACGUGCAGCAUUCGAAGCCAUCUUCAAAAGGUCCACUCUUUUACCAGAUGUGGAAGGUGGAUUGUCAGACCAAAUGGGCAGUUUGCAACGCAGUCCCUCUAUUAACAAGAAAGUUCAGUUGCCUAGAGAACGGGUGUGUGACAUGUCGCCCGAAGACCAGAAGGCUUGGGAGCAACUGGAGAUGGCCAGAGAGAUCGAUUUUGAUAAAAUGUUACAGAUUGCUCGUAAACGGGAUAUGAACCCUGAUGACACGGACUAUGAAGAUGAAACGCUAUAUCUAUGCCAUAUUGACCCUGCGCCAUUCCAGCUUGUUGAACGGACUUCCUUACUCAAAGUACAUUCACUGUUCUCUACGCUGGGCGUAAGCAGAGCUUAUGUGACGGCCAUUGGACGACUUAUAGGAGUUGUGUCGCUUAAAGAGCUACGCAAAGCAAUAGAAGACGUCAACUCUGGUGCGUUAACACCGGCCAAUCGGCCAUCACCGCCUACAAGUCCAUCACCGGUGAUGAUCAAAGUGCAGUCAUUGGAACCAGCACCGCCAAGUGAUAGUGACACAGCGAGACUCACGAAAUCAUGA